CCUACUCGGAGCCCCGGAUGCCAGAGCAAACAAAGCCUUGGUUAUUUCUUGAGGAGGAAGAAGAAUACUAGAAUAGGGAGCUGAGAGCCGAGUAGGCGGCAAAAGGCGUAAACUUUGUCAAGCAUCUGAACCAAGAGAGAGCAAGCGAAACUGGGCAAGACCCAUAUUCUUUUAUUAUCAAAGAUGUCUAGGAGAUAUGAUAGCCGUACAACCAUCUUUUCCCCUGAGGGUCGUCUCUACCAAGUUGAGUGAAUGGAGGCCAUUGGAAAUGCGGGUACUGCAAUUGGGAUUUUGUCAAAAGAUGGGGUUAUCUUAGUUGGUGAGAAGAAAGUCACAUCCAAACUCCUCCACUCCACAACUUCCACUGAGAAAAUGUACAAGAUUGAUGACCAUGUUGCUUGUGCUGUGGCUGGAAUAAUGUCUGAUGCCAACAUCCUGAUAAACACUGCUCGGGUCCAAGCUCAGCGCUAUAUGUUUGCGUACCAAGAACCAAUGCCUGUUGAGCAGCUUGUUCAAUCUCUUUGUGAUACUAAGCAGGGCUACACACAGUUUGGUGGUCUCCGGCCCUUUGGUGUUUAGUUUUUGUUCGCGGGUUGGGACAAGAAUUUUGGUUUUCAACUUUACAUGAGUGACCCUAGUGGAAACUAUGCUGGCUGGAAAGCUGCAGUGAUUGGUGCGAACAACCAAGCGGCUCAAUCGAUGCUUAAACAGGAUUACAAGGAUGAUAUGACUAGGGAAGAGGGAGUUCAGCUAGCACUGAAGGUGCUCAGUAAAACCAUGGACAGCACAAGUCUUACUCCUGAGAAGCUUGAAUUGGCUGAGGUAUUCCUCUCACCUUCUGGGAAAGUGAAGUAUCAAGUUUGUGCACCCGCAUCUUUAAGUAAGUUGUUGGAGAAGGUUGGUGUGAACCAACCAUCUACUGAGGAUUCCUAGGUUUUAACUACAUUUUGUCCUGAGAAUAUAGUUUUGGAGCAAGUUUGAACUU